CUUUUAUCAAACGUCGCUAUUUAUAACAAUCCAGCUUUUGCUUUCCUCCAUAUUAUAUCCCCAUCAAACAAACAAAAACAAUAUUUGACCAAAAAUAGACAAAUGAAGAUAAAGGGUUUGAUGAUAUUGGCUUCUUCUCUCCUGAUUCUUGCCUUCAUUCAUCAGUCGGAAUCAGCUUCAAUGCGGAGUUUGCUGAUGAAUAAUGGAUCAUAUGAAGAAGAAGAACAAGUUCUAAAGUAUGACUCCAUGGGAACGAUCGCUAACUCUUCUGCUUUAGACUCAAAACGGGUAAUUCCCACUGGUCCAAAUCCACUCCACAACAGGUAACUGUGGUAAUUGAAGAACAAUUAUAUGUGUAUCUAUGUUCUUGUGUGUUGUAAGGACAUUUCCUAGUUAAGUUUCAUUAAUUACUCGAUAUUCUUUGCCUUUCCACACAUCUUUGUUUAUUACUACUGUACUUGUUUCAAAGUGAUUUAAGGAUAUCAUAUGAAAACCCUUACCGGGACCAAGGUUGACUAAGCUUAGAAAUCCUACGUUGGAAAGAAGAAGUGGCAAUUGAUGUCUCACUUGUUCUGUUCUCUGGUUCAUAUAGAUCGAUUGGAAAAUAUUGCAUGGUUGAUGUUUGUUCUGAUCAUAUGAGAUCAUGUAAAGCCAAUAUAUAUUUACAUACAAUAACUAUAUAUGUGUUUGAGAAAACAAAACUAUAUAUGUGUAUAUAUAUAUAUUAUAUACAUGGUUGUGAAAUAAAACAAGGAUUAUUUAAAUACUUAGAAGGAGACUGAUAUUUCAAUUAAUCUUUUGAAUUUGUAUUGUGUAUAGACUAUUGGACUUUUUGGGGCAGAAGUUUCUG